GGGUUCGAUUCCCCGCAUUGGAAUCCUUUUUUCCCUGGUGUUUUGAAAUUAGGCGCUGGCCCAGGCGUGACGCCCUCAGGCUCUCUGUGUAAUUUUCUAAUCGUCGACGACAAUGUUACAACCCACAAUUCCAACAGAUGCAGAAGAUAGUCUAAUGCUUUCGAAUGAUUCUGAUGACCAAGUUAGCCACUCUAGCCAGUCUGAAGACCAAAAGCAGCUGCUUGACGUCCCGAAGGCAUUUUACGGAGACGAAACAAGGUCUAAGUAUGUCAUACAUUAUAUUAUCUCAGAGAGGGAAAUCGAACCUGAUCGAACUGAACAAAAAACCACAAGCAUGGAAAUUGGUUUGCUUGAACCCCCCAGGCCAAAGGCAAUAUUGAAGCGGGUGAAACAUUGCAGCCGGUCGCGAGAAUUGCUCACCAAUUCUGACAAUAAGAAAAGUGUUGAAAUACGGAAUUGGCUGGAUAGGGUGGACUUAUUGCUGCCAGAUCCCUACGAGGUUGCUUUUUCAAUCAAAAUAGUCGCCCCGCCAUCUCGUACAACUCUGGUCCCUACUCUUACACGCAUGGAAUAUUCGAUCUCUUCGAGCCCGUCUCAAGUCCCCCCUUCGGUACAUCUUGCAAGGCGUUUGGCUGCUGCGCCACCAGUCGAGAACGUGUUUGUCGAAAAAUUUAGUGUGGUUUUAUCAAAUAAAACUGUUACGUACACUAUGGCAGAUAUCUCCGAAUUCCCAAAAGUGAAGAUGCCUCGAUCCCCUCAGCCAUACUUGGAAAAGUUGUUGAGCUUCUGGGACGAUGAUCUUCAAACCUGGGAUGCACGUAUCUGUCCUCUGGUUGGAGGAACGAGGAUAGCUGCCAAGCAUUGGAAGAUCGUUUUUUCGAAGGCUGGGCAUUGGAAAGUUUCGACAAAUAGAACGCAGUGGCAUACAUGGAGGGCGUUGAUCGAGGAAUUGCAAAGGUUCGACAACUGUCCCGAAAAGCUUUGCAAAAAGUACCACAAUUCGACUAUCAGAGACAUUGCGACUGCAUCCCGGAAAUAAUCUUUUGAACGAUGAAGAUUACAUUCUACGAAUCUGUUUCUCUCAUGAUGAAAACUGAGAGGAAAUUCUUGGUGCUACGUGCAAGAACGGACAUCCGGCAAAGCUACAGUACGCAGUUUGCAUGAUAGUGAUACUUGUAAUAAUGAUCUUGUCCCUGUUAAUGUGUAAAUACUGUAGCAAUAUCAAGAAUUGUUUUAUACUGUAAAA